AUGUUUAGAUCCAUGAGUAGAGGCUUUGGAACUGGGAGGUAUGAGAGGUUAGGUAAAGAAUCUGCAACCACAACACUUUUGCAUGAGGAGUUCAAGAGAAGUACAAGCAUGCCUUCUAAACCAUCUAAUUCUUCAAGAAAUAUGGCUCUAGGUUCAAAUUUUAGGGAUAUCAACCUACAAAGGAACCCUACAAAGAAGACUAAUAGUAGUAGUAACAAGAAGAGUCAUCCACUGUUCAACUUCUUGGAUUUUCGUAGGAAAAAGAAAACAACAGCUAGGCCUGAAUUUGCAAGGUAUAUUGAGUAUCUUAAGGAAGGUGGCAUGUGGGAUUUGAAUUCCAAUAAACCAGUUAUCUAUUACAGUUGA